CUAUUGUCUUCCUGUCUUUGGAGGCUGAAACAACCCUGCAGAUGGAUGCUCUCCGAAGCUGGAUGUGACCCAGAACAAGACGAGACUUUCCAGAUGCCAGCCUCAUGUUAAAGCAGAGUUGAUGUCCAGACAUGAAGAACUGUGACCAGCAUGGACCAAAGCAUCUGGAGAGUCUGGUCUGCAUGGCCCCUGCCAGUUUGGUCCUGGUCCUGUUGGGCCUUCUGGGCUCAGCUGGCGGCUGUCCGAAUGUCUGCUCCUGCUAUGGUAACACGACCGACUGCUCUGCUGUUGGCCUCCUUUCUCUGACCCCCGUCCUUGAGCUGCUGGGCCAGGACUCUCUGGUUCUCCGUCUUUCCCAGAACAAUCUCUCCUCCCUGGCCAAGAUUGAUAUGUUCAACCUCAGCAGCCUGGAGCUCCUGGAUCUCUCCCAGAAUCACUUUUACAGCUUUCAGCCUGGAGCUUUUUUAGGCCUGAGCAGCCUUCACUGGUUAAAUCUCUCUUCCAACUACCUCGGUGUACAACUGGCAAAAACUGACCUCAACAGCAGCUCACCGAUUGUCCAGAGCCUGAAUGGAAGUCAGGGGAGUGUCGGAUUAAAUAGGGAGGUUUUUAACGGGCUGUGGCAGCUGCAGGGGCUUGACCUGUCCUCCAAUGGUCUUCUGUGGCUGCCUAAGGGCCUGCUGGAUGGGCUUCGGAGACUCACUUGGCUGUCCCUAGCCAGCAAUCGGUUGGCAGCCCUGGAAAGAGCCACGUUCGAGCCCCUGGUGGGGCUGCAGCAGCUGAGGCUGGUGGGAAAUCCCUGGGAGUGUAACUGCAAACUGAGGGACUUCAAGCACUGGAUGGAGUGGAUGAUUUACAGGGGUGGGCUGGUAGAUGUGAUGCAGUGCAGCCUCCCCAGAGAUUUGAAGGGCAGGGAUAUCCGCAGUGUGCCAGCAGAGAUGUUCAGCUACUGCCUGCAGAGCCCCACCAAGGAGGGGGCGUCAGAUCACGCCACCAGGCCCCCCUGCCCACCUGGCCGGGUCAGCAGCUCAGAUGAGUGCAUUCGCCAGCGCUACAGGCCUGUUAGCGUGCGGCGGGCACAUGGCACGCAGAUCGUGGCGGGAGUGGUAUGUGGCACAGUGUGCAUCAUGAUGGUGGUCGCAGCAACUUACGGCUGCGUGUAUGCCUCGCUGAUGGCACGGUACCAGAAAGAGAUGAAGAGCCGUGGGCAGCCUCUGAUGGCCGAGUCUGCUGCUGAGACGGACCUGGAGGACGGGCAGAUGUCGUCUCCUGACACGCCAGAGUCGCCACCCAAAGAGACCUGCGACUUCGUGCAUGGGUAUAGAAUCAGCAGCUUCUGACACACUUGUGCACGCUGAUGAUGCAUCCUUCCCAGAUGUUCUGACUGCUUCUGCUUCGCUGCUGAGACAACAUCUGCAGCUCACUUCUGAUGAACUGCUGGACUGGGCCCAGUGAGGCUGAAUGCUGCAGCUCUUCUUUGUGUGGAUGCUCUGUGAAUCCUUGUUCCCUGCGCUGCAUCUCUCAGCCAACUUUUAAACUCUUUAGAAGUUGCUGUUUUGCCAAUUCUGCACAUUACAGCUUCUUCAGUUGUGUUCUUAUUUCUUAGAAAUGUGAAAGUACAUUUUUGUUCAGGUUGUCUGUCUUUGCAUCUGAGCACAAAAAGGCACAAGCUCCUAAAGUAGCAACGUCUGUCAGAUUCUCUGUUUGUUCCAUAGAUUUCCAUUUCUCUCUGUCAGAUGUGUGUAUUUAAUAUUUGUCAACUUUUAAAGUAAUUCUUUGUUCCUUUGUUUGAUACCCUGUUGAAUUCCUUCAGAUGAACAGGCUGCUGCUCAGAGUAAUGCCAGAUUAGCUGCAUUUAAACAAUCCUAGACUUCUACUGCCACCUAGAGGGCAAGCUUUUAGCUACACCAGCUUCUAACCAGCACAAAUCCUAAAGGCCAAUAUAAAACAUGCCCAGUGUGGCACAUUGUCCACAUCCUCAUCACUCAAGCUCCGACUACAAAUAUGUGUCUGAAUUUAUGUUCUUUGAUAAGCACAUCAAGCACUGUCUCAAAUUCAUCUGGAGGACUGUUA